AUGUCAAGACCACCGACUUCUCCUAUCACCAUCUCAUCUACAAAUGUUUCAUCAUCUCCCUGGCUCCGGUCAAACCGUACUUCGAGCUCAGGGGAACCCUCAUCUCCAUCGACUAGUCGUCCUUCUCGGCCUCAAUUGAGGAUUAAUGGAGUGAUAUCUAACGAAGAUAUCGCCGAAAGUCCCCUAGAGAAUUCGGCAUCUGAUGACCUCGACACUCCAACUCGAUUGAACCAAUCCCUCUCAUAUCAGAUGCCAUCAACGAGAGCUGCGCCCCGCUUAAGUCUUGGACUUCCGACCGAUGCUCUAGACGACCCUCUUGGGUAUUCGGUAGAAAAGGCAGAGAGGUCGAUCAACGGGCUUCAUGUCAUUAGCUCUGCUUUGGAAUUUACCGGUACACUGUUAUCGGCUGUACCGCUGUUACAAACUGGGGGAGCUAUUAUGGUUUGCCUUAGUCAGAUGUUAAACGCAGCUCGAAAAGUCAUGGAAAACAAGUCAGACGCACUGGGUUUGGUGAGUGACUCAAUAACCAUCGUUCAGGCAGUACAGAGGCAAAUCCAGUCAAGUGCGACACCGCCGUCGGAACAGAUGCGGUCUGAUAUAGUGAAACUCUAUCGCAAGCUCACCAGUAAUACAGAUCUUCUCGAAGAAUUCGUCGGUCGAUCAAAGUUCAAGUUGUUCCUGUACGCUGCUCAAAUGCAGAGACAGAUAGCGACAGCUAGAAGUGACACAGUCAUGUAUAUAGCGAGCUUUAUGCUGGAACACCUUGUGUCAAUGAAUCAACUGCAGGAGCAAGCCCGAAUCGACAGACAGCGUGACCGUGAAGAGUUUGCCAAGAAACUAGACCAAUUUAUUCGCUUUCCAGAACGUGCACGCCAAAUGAUUGAAAAUGAAGAGAUACCAGAGAUUGUCAUGACCCUUCAGCGAACUGUUGAGGAACAAUACGAUGAUCCUUAUCGAUAUCCACCUGUGAACCCACAUUCACAAGCUAUCCUUCAGUUUCCAACACCACAGCCAUACUACCCUUCAGUAGUUACUACGGGGACCGCUGCAUCCGACGAAAAUCCUUUGCAGCUCUUAGUGGAUGGGAAUAACCUUAACGAAGACCAAGGUCUGCCUCCCGCACAUAUCCCCAUGCCGGAAGUAGAAAGAUCUACCACCCGUCAAUCUCGAAGGGCAUGGCAAGUAACGUCAGAGGAUUGGACCAUCGAGGAUUCACGAGGGGCUUUUUGCAGGAAUUUUCUCAAGUAUCUUCGCACUGAGAGCCAGAGGAGUAUUGAAGAUCUUCCUGUUUGGACGAUUACCGAAUAUGAAAUAUAUAGGGAAGAACGAAUCACCGACAGUCACUUUGCUCGGGUGUAUCGGGGAAGGUGGAAUGAUCAAGAAGUGGCGAUUAAGAGUCUCGCUCCCCUUACCGACAAAUAUCUAUUCCUGGCAGAGGUAAAGAUCUGGUGUCAGCUAGACAGCGAAUUUAUACUUCCAUUUUUAGGUGCUUCUAGCUCGGUCGGCCCUGCACCUUGGUUUCUGGUCAGUCCCUGGAUGAAAAACGGCCGAAUUACCGAUUACCUUUCAAGAGGGGCCGGACAACAAGUCGAUCCCCUGCCUCUUAUCCACAGAAUAGCUCAAGGAAUGGAAUAUCUUCACUCUCGCGAUAUCAUUCAUGGUGACCUCAAGGGCCAGAAUAUACUGAUUGAUGACGAAGGGCUACCACGACUAUGUGAUUUUGGCUUGUCGAGAAUUAAGCUUGAUAUCACAUCGAAAUCAUCUAUCUCGUCCUCCGGCAGUGUUGCCGGCACACUUAGGUUUGAGCCUCCCGAACGAUUAAGGUUAUAUCCGCUAAGCAAAGAAUGCGAUGUUUACUCAUUUGCUAUGACGAUAUUCCAGAUUUACUCGGGCGAGACUCCUUUCAUCGCAUUGGACGACACGACCACAAAAGCGUCGAUUCUGGCCGGUGAACGUCCCCCGCAGAUUCCUGGAAUUUCUAACGAGCUAUACGCGUUGAUGUCUCGGUGUUGA